AUGAUUCAAUUACACGUUUGGGGCUAUAAAGACGAGAUUUCAAUAAUAUCACCUCAUUGUAUUGCAGCUGCUUGGUUAUUAAAAUUGGUUUUAAAACCACUAGAUAUUCCAUACGAAAUUAUAACAUCAAAUAAUACAAAAUUAUCAGAAUUAAAUCAAUUACCAGUACUUAUAAUAAGUGAAGAUGAAAAAUAUGACGGGUUUUAUAGUAUAUCAAAAUAUCUAAUCAAAACUUACAAUCCUUUCAACAUUUACAUUUCAAAAGACUACAAACAAAAUAUACUAAAUAUGAGUAUAAUCAAUUAUUUAGAAACAAGAUUUGAAAUAAUAAAUUUAUAUAAUCUUUGUCUAAACAAGCAAAACUAUGAACAAUAUACUAGAAAAUUAUUUACAAAAUAUUAUUCUUUCCCUUGGAUGUAUAAUCAAUCAUUAAAUUUUUAUAAUGAAUCAAUUGAAAAAAUUAAAAUUUUAAAAUUAAAUUCUAAUUCUUCAUCAAGUAGUAUAUUUCAGUUUGGACAAAAUGAAAAUAUUGCAGAAACUGAAACUUUCAACGAACUAGAAGAUGAAUUGCAUAAAGAAGAAGAAGAAAAAACUAAGGCAAUUAGUGGAUUACAUGAAAAACUCUUAUUACAAAAAUCCAAGACUAAAGAAGUUUUAAAAGAAUCAAAAAAUUCAAUGAGAUGUUUGAUGUUAUUUGAGAAGUACUUGAGACAAUUGAAAACCUUGAAAAAAGAUACAAAUCAACAGUAUUUCUUAGAUACUGAAUUACCUUCAACUAGUGAUAUUUUAUUUUUUGCAUAUUUGUUUUGUUUUACUUAUCAGGACUUACCUGAUAAAUUUAUCAAAUUAAACGAUGUAAACAAAGAGAAACUUGAUAAAUUUAUAGAGCCUGUAAAUAACGAAUAA